ACCUAAAGGCAACGUAAAAGUUGGACUUUUAGGACUGAGCGACGUCUCUGGUUAGAUGCAGGAUUUUGGUUAAUAAACAGGCUGUUUGGCCUGAAAAACUAGAUAAACCCAGAAUUAUCGGCAUCAAAACUUUAAUACCCAGCUAUGUACUGUCGCCAGAUUUUGCGGACACCGCUGGUCGGGACCAGAGCGGCUCAGCUCAGCUGUUUUUCCCGUGUUUGUCGAGCUGAGAGACCCCUGUGCACCAAAAGUGACGAGGUGAGGCUGGCAGAGGAGGCCAGCAAGAAGUACGGCUCCCCAGCUCCAACCAUCUUCUCCAAAUUGAUCGACAAAAGCAUCCCUGCAGACAUCAUUUAUGAAGAUGAGAAGUGUUUGGCAUUCAGGGAUAUCAGCCCACAGGCCCCUGUUCAUUUCCUGGUUAUUCCAAGGGUGCCUAUUCCCAGGAUAAGUGAGGCCAAAGAUGAUGAUGCCGAGCUCUUAGGACAUUUAUUGGUUGUUGCCAAAAAUGUGGCAAAGCAGGAAUCUCUUAGUGAAGGAUACAGAGUUGUGAUCAACGACGGGAAGCACGGGGCCCAGUCCGUCUACCACCUCCACAUCCACGUUCUGGGAGGAAGACAGAUGAAAUGGCCACCAGGAUGAAGAGCUUCACGUGUACGUUGAUGUCUCUGUUUAAUCCAAGAGUUAUGGUUUAACAUCUAUUUAUGCACAAAGUUCCUCUCAAUGUAAAUAUGUUGAAAAAAAUUAAUUCUAAAAAUAAAAAGCCUUAAAUUGAUGUUUGAUAUGGCUGCAAAUAAAGACACCAUCUGUUACUGAAAAAUAAAAAUCAAGUCAGUUCUU